CCACAGCUGCUGCUGUUAACUGCCUCUGCAGCAGGUCUCUGUCAAUAUCACCCGCCCACGCCCGAUCUGGAUGCUGAAGUCGCGCACUGGCCUGGAGAUGAGGGCGGGGGAGAGAGUGGAGUGGCUGGAAGAGGGGAGGGAGGAGUGGAAAGGAGACAAAAACAGCUUCCAAGCAGCGGGCGCGGCUACACUGGACAUCUGGGCAGGAGGGGUCUCUGGGUCAGCGGCUGGAGAGCCGCCCCAGUGAGUCGGUGUCUAACUGCCAAUUGAGUGGGGCCCAUUUACUGCAGAGCCACAGCUGAUGAGGGUAGACGCCAGUCUAACACCUUCUGUACAACUAGAGCUCAGAAAACCCGAGAGAUCCGUGGAGAAAGAGAAGCUCAGGAGGAGGAAAGGGCCCCAGGGAGCCCUGCUCCUGAGGGUUCCCUCAGGUGCUGGUGGAGACGAGUCACUUCGUAGCAAUUUUGACAGAUGUGCACACCGGUGUGCUGCAAACGCUAACAGGAUAUUGAACAUUACCAUCACCACAGAGAGGUCAUCACAGCAUCGCAGUCAAUUCCUUCCCUACUCCUGAGAUUACUUUGCUCUCUUCUAGCGCUUCGUAAAAAUUGGAUCCUAUAGUUUGUCGUCUUUGAUGUACAAAAUUGGAAAUGUUGGCUUCACUAGAACCUAAGGGCCUUGUUCCCUUCACUAGAGAAUCUUUUGAACGUAUACAACAGCGUAUUGCUAAAACACAUAAUGAGGAACAUGAAGAAGAAGAUUUAAAACCAAAUACUGACUUGGAAGUUGGCAAAGAGCUUCCAUUUACUUAUGGAAACCUUUCUCGAGGAAUGGUGUCAGAGCCCUUGGAAGAUGUGGACCCAUACUACCAUGAGAAAAAAAAUACUUUCAUAGUAUUAAAUAAAAACAGAACAAUCUUCAGAUUCAAUGCUGCUUCCAUCUUGUGCACAUUGUCUCCUUUCAAUUGUAUUAGAGGAACAACUAUCAAGGUUUUGGUACAUCCCCUUUUCCGGCUGUUUAUUCUAAUUAGUGUCCUGACUGAUUGCAUAUUUAUGUCCCUGACUAAUUUGCCAAAAUGGAGACCAGUAGUAGAAAAUACUUUGCUUGGAAUUUACACAUUUGAAAUACUUGUAAAACUCUUUGCAAGAGGUGUCUGGGCAGGAUCUUUUUCCUUCCUUGGUGAUCCAUGGAACUGGCUUGAUUUCAGCGUAACUGUAUUUGAGAUUAUUAUAAGAUACUCACCUCUAAGCUUCAUUCCAAUGCUUCAAACUGUAAGAACUUUGAGAAUUUUAAAAAUUAUUUCUUUAAAUCAAGGUCUGAAGUCCCUUGUAGGGGUUCUGAUCUGCUGCGUGAAGAAACUUACUGGUGUCAUUAUCCUAACUCUGUUUUUUCUGAGCAUAUUUUCUCUAAUUGGGAUGGGGCUUUUCAUGGGUAACCUGAAACAUAAAUGUUUUCGAUGGCCCCAAGAGAAUGAAAAUGAAACCCUGCACAACAGAACUGGAAACCCAUAUUAUAUUCGAGAAACAGAGAACUUUUAUUAUUUGGAAGGAGAAAGAUAUGCUCUCCUUUGUGGCAACAGAACAGAUGCUGGUCAGUGUCCUGAAGGAUAUGUGUGUGUAAAAGCUGGCAUAAAUCCUGAUCAAGGCUUCACAAAUUUUGACAGUUUUGGCUGGGCCUUACUUGCCCUAUUUCGGUUAAUGACUCAGGAUUACCCUGAAGCACUUUAUCACCAGAUACUUUAUGCUUCUGGAAAGGUCUACAUGAUAUUUUUUGUUGUGGUAAGUUUUUGGUUUUCCUUUUAUAUGGCAAGUUUGUUCUUAGGCAUACUUGCCAUGGCUCAUGAAGAAGAAAAGCAGAGAGUUGGUGAAACAACUAAGAAGACUGAACCAAAAUUUCAAAAGACUGGAAAAGAACUCCAAGGAGGAAAUGAAACAGCUGAGGCCAAGGCCAUACAAAUAGAAAUGAAGAAAAGGUCACCAGCAUCCACGGACACAUCGUUGGAUGUGUUGGAAGAUGCUACUCUCAGACAUAAGGAAGAACUUGAAAAAUCCAAGAAGAUAUGCCCAUUAUGUUGGUAUAAGUUUGCUGAAACAUUCUUGAUCUGGAAUUGUUCUCCCUGUUGGUUAAAAUUGAAAGAAUUUGUCCAUAGGAUUAUAACAGCACCAUUCACUGAUCUUUUCCUUUUCAUAUGCAUAAUUUUAAACGUAAGCUUUUUGGCCUUGGAGCAUUAUCCAAUGAGUGAACAAACUAGCAAUCUUCUCAGCACUGGAAACCUGGUUUUCAUUGGAAUUUUCACAGCAGAAAUGAUUUUAAAAAUAAUUGCAAUGCAUCCAUAUGGGUAUUUCCAAGUAGGUUGGAACAUUUUUGAUAGCAUAAUAGUCUUCCUUGGUUUAGCAGAACUUUUUUUAGCGUAUAUUGAAGGACUGGCUGUUUUUCAAUCAUUCAGGAUGUUGAGAAUUUUCAAGUUGGGGAAGUAUUGGCCAACGUUCCAGAUUUUAAUGUGGUCUCUUAGUAACUCAUGGGUGGCCCUGAAAGACUUGGUCCUGUUGUUGUUCACGUUCAUCUUCUUUUCUGCUGCAUUCGGCAUGAGGCUGUUUGGUCAGAAUUAUGAAAAAUUUGUCUGUCACAUAGACAGAGACUGUCAACUCCCACGCUGGCACAUGCAUGACUUUUUCCACUCCUUCCUGAAUGUGUUCCGAAUUAUCUGUGGAGAGUGGAUAGAGACCUUGUGGGACUGUAUGCAGGUCGCAGGCCAAUCCUGGUGUAUUUCUUUUUACCUGAUGGUCAUUUUAAUUGGAAAUUUACUGGUACUUUACCUGUUUCUGGCAUUGGUGAGCUUAUUUAGUUCAUGCAAAGAUGUAACAGCUGAAGAGAAUGAUGAAGCAAAAAAUCUCCGGCUUGCUAUGGCAAAGAUUAAAAAAGAAAUAAACUAUGCUUUUCUUAAAAUACUAUGCAAAAAACAAAAUAUCCCAGAGGAGACAAUGGACCGUGUAAAUGAGGUAUAUGUUAAAGAGGAUAUUUCUGACCAUACCCUUUCUGAAUUGAGCAAUACCCAAGAUUUUCUCAAGGAUAAGGAGAAAAGCAGUGGCACAGAGAAAAACAUGACUGAAAAUGAGAGCCAAUCGCUUAUCCCCAGUCCUAGUGUCUCAGAAACUGUACCAAUUGCUUCAGGAGAAUCUGAUAUAGAAAAUCUGGAUAAUAAGGAGAUUCAGAGUAAGUCUGGUGAUGGAGGCAGCAAAGAGAAAAUAAAGCAAUCUAGCUCAUCUGAAUGCAGUACAGUUGAUAUUGCUAUCUCUGAAGAAGAAGAAAUGGUCUAUGGACAUGAAAGUUCAAAGCAUCCUAAAAAUGGUUAUGGACACUCAUCUUCACUUGGUCAAAUCAGUGGAGCAUCCAAGAAAGGAAAAAUCUGUCGGAACAUCAGGAAAACCUGCUGCAAGAUUGUAGAGAACAAUUGGUUUAAGUGUUUUAUUGGCCUUGUUACUCUGCUCAGUACCAGCACUCUGGCUCUUGAAGAUAUAUAUAUCGAUCAGAGGAAGACAGUUAAAAUUUUAUUAGAAUAUGCUGACAUGAUCUUCACUUAUAUCUUCAUUCUAGAAAUGCUUCUAAAAUGGAUGGCGUAUGGUUUUAAAGCCUAUUUCUCUAACAGCUGGUACAGGCUGGACUUCAUGGUUGUUAUUGUGUUUUGUCUUAGCUUAAUAGGGAAAACUCGGGAAGAACUACAACCACUUAUUUCCAUUAAAUUUCUUCGGCCCCUCAGAGUUCUAUCUCAAUUUGAAAGAAUGAAGGUGGUUGUGAGAGCUUUGAUCAAAACAACCUUACCUACUUUGAAUGUGUUUCUUGUCUGCCUGAUGAUCUGGCUGACUUUUAGUAUCAUGGGAAUACACUUAUUUGCUGGCACGUUCUAUGAAUGCAUUGACCCAACAAGUGGAGAAAGGUUUCCUUCAUCUGAAGUCAUGAAUAAGGGUCAGUGUGAAAGCCUUCUGUUUAAUGAUUCCAUGCCAUGGGAAAAUGCAAAACUGAACUUUGAUAAUGUUGGAAAUGGUUUCCUUUCUCUGCUUCAACUAGCAACAUUUAAUGGAUGGAUCACUAUUAUGAAUUCAGCAAUUGAUUCUGUUGCAAUAAAUAUGCAGCCUCGUUUUGAAGACAACAUCUACAUGUAUUAUUACUUUAUCAACUUUAUUAUACUUGGAGUAUUUCUUCCACUGAGUAUGCUGAUUAGUGCUAUUGUUGAUAAUUUCAACAAGCAUAAAAUAAAGCUGGGAGGCUCAAAUAUCUUUAUAACUGUUAAACAGAGGAAACAGUACUCCAGGCUGAAGAAGCUAAUGUAUGAGGACUCUCAAAGACCAAUACCUCACCCACGAAGCAAGCUCCAAGGAUUCAUUUUUGACUUGGUAACAAGCCAAGUUUUUAAUGUCAUCGUUAUGGUUCUUAUAUGUUUCCAAGCAAUAGCCAUGAUGAUAGACACUGAUGAACAUAGUCUACAAAUGGAAAUUGCUCUCUACUGGAUUAACUUAAUUUUUGUUAUUUUAUAUACCAUGGAAUGUAUACUGAAGCUCAUUGCUUUCCGUUGUUUUUAUUUCACCAUUGCAUGGAACAUUUUUGAUUUUAUGGUGGUUAUUUUCUCCAUCACAGGACUAUGUCUGCCUAUGACAGUAGGCUACUAUCUUGUGCCUCCUUCACUUGUGAAACUGAUACUUCUCUCACGGAUCAUCCACAUCCUGCGUCUUGGAAAAGGACCAAAGGUGUUUCAUAAUCUCAUGCUUCCUUUGAUGCUCUCCCUCCCAGCAUUAUUGAACCUCAUUCUUCUCAUCUUCCUGGUCAUGUUCAUCUAUGCCAUAUUUGGAAUGUAUAAUUUUGCCUAUGUUAAAAAAGAAGCUGGAAUUAAUGAUGUGUCUAACUUUGAAACCUUUGGCAGCAGUAUGCUCUGUCUUUUCCAAGUUGCGAUAUUUGCUGGUUGGGAUGGGAUGCUUGUUGCAAUUUUCAACAGUAAAUGGUCUGACUGUGAUCCUGAUAAAAUUAACCCUGGGACUCAAGUUAGAGGAGAUUGUGGGAACCCUUCUGUUGGGAUUUUGUAUUUUGUCAGUUACAUCCUCAUAUCAUGGGUAAUCAUUGUAAAUAUGUAUAUUGUUGUUGUCAUGGAGUUUUUAACUAUUGCUUCUAAGAAGAAAAACAGGACUUUGAGUGAAGAUGAUUUUAGGAAAUUUUUUCAGGUAUGGAAAAGGUUUGAUCCUGAUAGGACCCAGUACAUAGACUCCAGUAAGCUUUCAGAUUUUGCAGCUGCUCUUGAUCCUCCUCUUUUCAUGGCAAAACCAAACAAGGGCCAGCUUAUUGCUUUGGACCUCCCCAUGGCUGUUGGGGACAGAAUUCAUUGCCUUGAUAUCUUACUUGCUUUUACAAAGAGAGUUAUGGGUCAAGAUGUGAGGAUGGAGAAAGUUCUUUCAGAGAUAGAAUCAGGGUUUUUGUUAGCUAACCCUUUUAAGAUCACAUGUGAGCCAAUUACAACUACUUUGAAACGAAAGCAAGAGGCAGUUUCAGCAACCAUCAUUCAACGUGCUUACAAAAAUUACCGCUUGAGGCAAAAGGACAAAAAUACAUCAGAUAUUCAUAUGAUAGAUGGUGAUAGAGAUGUUCCUGCUACUAAAGAAGGUGCCUAUUUUAACAAAGCUAACGAAAAAUCACCUAUUUAAAGCCAGAUCUAAUCCCACUUACCACCUCUUUGCAAUUUUCUUCACAUAUCUGAAAAAUAUUUAAAGCUUAAACCAGAAAUAAAGAAAUCAAAAAAAGUCGAGAUAAUGAUCAGUUCUUUACAACCCAUGGUAAUUAAGCUUGUAUUAACAAGACUUCAUGCAAAAUUGACUUUUUAGCACUAUAUCUAACCAAUCAAGACAACCCUUAAUAUUGCUGCAGUGAGUUUAAAGCAGGUUAAAGUGGCCAUUUGACAAUCUCAUGUUUGUUUUCUUUGGGUGGUUUAUAUUAUUCGUACCUUCUAGGGAACGAAGGGAAACGGUGAUAUAGAUACUCAGCAGCAGGGGCUUUCUUUUUAUAUUUUAUGUCUAAUUUAGUGGGCUUCAAGUGGCCACUAUAAAGAUUUACUUACAAAUAAGCAAAUAAUUUUCUGAUAUGUGAUGGUGAAAUGCUACUGGCCAUUAAAUCAUAAACUUGCCUAGACAAACGCCAAUUGGAAGAAGGAGAGGGCAGUUACUUAGAAGUGUCUUUGAGAUCAAUCACAGAGAUUCCUGGGGUGAUUAACAUUGCAUUUGAAAAAGAUUGGUUGAAGCUCUAUGUUCAUUUUUGUUUGUUCUUGUUUUCUUUUUAUUUUGGAACUGGCAAUGAAAAGGAUUUCACUGUUCUCUGGCUCCUGGUUUCUCAUUCUCUUUGGCUAGUUCCACCUAAGCUCUGACUCUUGAACAGAACAGAUCCAUAAAAGAAGAAGCAUAAAGGAGAGUUGUGACCUAAAAUUUUUUGUGUUUUCUUCUUAUUUACAUCUAUUUUUUUAGAUAGUAUACAUUUACUAAAAAUGACCUAAUAGGUAAUAGGUUAACAGACUCAAGCUUUACCUUACUAUGAAAUUGAUGUAUUUUUACCAAUUAUUUCUAAUGUAAAAUUGAAUAUGUAAGAUCUGACAAAUGUAUGUUGAAAUAUGAAUUAGAAAAGUUGAGCAUUAUUAUUAUAAUGUACAGGGAUUUCCAUAGUGUCUUGACCCUUAAUUAGGAUUUUGUGGCCACUUUAAAGUACUUUUCACUCUACUUUAUAAUUCUUUAUAACUUAGAGAAAGACAAUGUUCACUCAAACUAUGAGAACUAUGAAUUAGGAGACAAAAGCUUAAAUUGGUUGUUGUUUUAUAACAUUAGUUUGUACAGGUGAGUUUUCCCUUAUAUAUUUAUAUUUUCAAGCUUUCUAAUCUCAUCACAUACAUUAAUACUCUAUAAAAUGCUUUAUAUUUAAAGAACUUUAAAAUCCUAAACAUUAGUUUUCACUAUUGAAAUUAUUUUUUAAAGAUAGGCAUAGACAGUUGUCCUUUGACUUAUUGAUACAGAUAUAGUCAUUUACUUCCAUGUUGUUUGAGAUUUUAAGAGUUAUUUCAACUGUAUGAAGAUUGAUUUCAAUGUGCCUACUAGGCCCUAAAAGAUUCAGAAAGAAAAUCUGUGUAUUAUUGACUUAAAUGUCAUCCUUUAAUAUUUUAUAUAGCAUUCAGUAUAUUUUAUGUAUCAGUAAUUGUAUUUUAUUCUGAAUGCAUGAUCUCAAGCCUUAACUAUUAUCAUCUUUUUCUGCCCCUAAGAAAUUAAAUAACCUAACCAAGAUGCCUUUGGGGAAUGCCCUAAGCAAGUGUAAUUUCAGGUUUUUUUUUUUUUUUUCUAUAAGUGUUCCUUCCCUUUCUCCUCCUGCUCUCUGUUAUGUUAUGUUAUGGGGACCAGUGAGGAACCAGUGUUAAAAAGGUGACAAUGUGAUAGCUGGUGCUUCAUCCAAGCUUCUCAGUUUUCUAUUUCUUAGGAAUGCUCUACUGUGGAAACUGCUUCAGAUACUUAAAUUAAAUUAUAACUUGCUUCUGUUAAUUGCAUAAAGAUGAUACGCUGAUUUUAGGUUGAAAAGCGUAUCUUUUUCUUAUAAACUGUGUUUGCCAGUUACCUUCCAAAAGCUGUGUAAAGAAUUAUUUUUAAUGAAGUCUUAACAACAUAUCUUACUUUUUACAUACUAUAGAAAAUAAUAAAUAUAACUUGUUAACCACA